AAAAAGUGCGUUUUCGGAAAUAAAUUCAAGAUGAAGCUCAACGUACUAUGCAACUGUCUCUCAUAAUUUCAUUUUUUAUUUACUUAUUUUUUACUGGACUAUCCUAUAAAAAGUUAUACUAUAUAAAACUAAAGUCAGUGCAUUUGGCUUGUAAAGGGCGUACCCUCCAGCCGAAUAAGCAGUUGGAAGAUGGAUAGUUCAGGGGCCUGUUAUUAUGGACUAUUACAAACUAUAUCCUGUAAAUCACGGGCUUCUAUAAUUGAAAGUCGAAAAUGGUUUUUAAAUUCGCUGUAGGUAAUUUGCCUUGCGAUUUCGGCAGCAUGUAAGCGGUACUGAAACUAAACACCAAAUGACUCAGAAAUUACUGCAUGGUGACUGGUGUGUGAGUGUGCCCUGCGAUGGGCCGGCCCCCCAUCCAGGGUUGUUCCCUGCCUUGUGCCCGUUGUUUCCGGGAUAGGCUCCGGACCCCCCGCGACCCAGUAGGAUAAGCGGGUUGGACAAUGGAUGGAUGGAUGGAUUACUUCGAUCAGCCAAACUCAGACGCAUGUAUCUCAGACUCUGUAGACUAUCAUCAAGAUAAAUGGCAUAAGGAAACAUAAAAGGCGUAAAAGAUCAGCUUGAUACCGUGAUUAAUAUCAACAGUGAUCGAGGUCCCAGCCUUACAUGCCGCUCCUGUCCAGCGUGGAAAUCCCGCAGCGAGGGACCGGCGCGCGCUGCAUUUCCUUUUUCCUCUUCUUGUUUUUCUAAAGCGCUUUUCGGCUGCGGGAAGUUUGAGAAGCUCCGAAGCUGAUCUGAGCGAGUUUUUUUUAUUAUUAUUUAUAAACAGGGCUAUAGACUACAUUUAAUCCGCUAAACACUAGGGGCGUUUUAAUAAUACAUACACUGUUUUCUAAUCGAAAGUGGAAAAACUGCCGUAAUUUAGUUUUCGAGGGGCAUUAACUGAGUGACUGUACGUUAAACGUGGCACGUAGAUGUUUCAUUACAAAAUAAUAUCAUGUAAAGUACAUUGAAAUACUCUGAACAAUCUUGGAAGGAACCAGCAAGCAGGACACCGCAUACUGAAUAUAUAUGCUCUUGCCCGUUGCCAAAUCUCCCCAACCCGCCAUGCUCCUGGCCUGGGUAUGCCAUAUUUGGUGCCUGGGUGUUUUCCUUCCUCCAGCCAAGGCAUCGACCCCGGGACCCCACAUGUACCGAGCCUACGGGAGCUCCGCGUAUCACAAAUCCGCAUUGCUGGAGUCGCUGCAGUGCUACAACGACUACUUCUCCUACAUACGCUGCAGCUGGACGGAGAAAUCUCAGGCACGGUCUCCUGUGUUGCUGCAUCACCUGGACACCAAGAAAUACAGAGAGUCCCCAUGCCUGCCAUACCGACCCUCCGUCCACCUUCCGGGUGGCUGGACCACCUUCCACUGCCAAUACAACACCACCAUGUUUACCAUGGGAGAGAAUGAUGGAUUCCUCUUCAGGACGCCACAUGUACACCUGCUGUCCAGGGUGUUCAACCUGUCCCGACAAGAUUCUUUGGUGAAUGGCUCUUGGUAUGAGGCCAGAGUAAGGUCCCAGGUAGAAAGGGGAGCCCGACGUGACUGGAGCCCCCUGGUGCAGUGGAAGACUAAAGACGCCAUGUUACCAGGUCCCACUAACCUGCAGUGCCUCUCUGACGGGGAGCUGAAGGUGCUCUGCAGCUGGGACCUGAGCAGGGAGCUGGCACAGUUUGUCACCUACAGGCUCCGGUACCGCGGCAUGGCCAAGAACGAGCUCUGUGGUGACUCCGAGGUCAGUGUUAAACCCGAUGAGCCAGCAUUGCAGUUCAGCUGCUCCUUCCUCCUGGCCUCACAGCACAGUGUGCUCCUGUUGAACCUCACCCCCACCUACAUCUACAGGUCGUUCCCUGUGGCCGAACACAUCUGGCUCCCCCGCCCCGACCCUGUGCAGGUUAAAGAGAAAGACGGACACUGGAAGUUAAGUUGGACCCCAUCAAAGACAGAGUUGGUGCCAGUCAUUUAUGAGAUAUGCUACUGGUGCAUCGAAACACCGAAAGAGCGAGACUGCUACAAUUCAUCUGUCACCUAUUCAGACAUCAGUCAGGCGUCUCUCUGGAGUGGGUCACGCUACAUUGCCCAAGUGAGGGCCAUGAUUGGCCCUAGUGAAUACAGAGGAAUCCCUUCUGAUUGGUCAGAGCCAGCAGAGUGGACCACACCCCUAGCCGUCAGCAUCCUGGUGUACUUCGUCCCUGGGGCCUGCCUGAUCAUAUUCAUCCUCAUCCUUCUCUAUGGUCUCCCACCCUGUUCCAGGAGCAUUCAGUCGUGGUUUAAAUCCAUCCCGUCACCUUUGAAGAGCAAAGUGUUGAACAUGGGGUUUCCCGCGAGCUGGCUGGCUGUGUACAGGGAACAGGACCAGGCCCCCGUCAGCACUGUGGAAAUGCUGGAAAACGCCCAGACACCCCCAGCCUGCCUCGAUUUGUCAGAUCACCACAGCCAGCCAAUGUGGCUGAUGUCUGCAGAUGACAUGGGACUAUACCAAUGCAUCGCUGAACAGGGGUGGGAGUCGGCCCCAGAUCGCGGAAGACAGCGCCGCAAUGGGCCGAGCAAAGACACGCCUCUUGCAUGUUUGGCGCUCCCCUUUAUCAUCGGUCCUUCAGGCUUUCCCCUGCCAGACGGGCUGGCCGUCAACCAUCUCUGUGGAAAAGACGACCCUUAUGUGUCUCCUGCCUGCCAGUCGGCACUUACCCGCUGUGUCUUGCAGUAUGUUGAGGUCCCCUCGCCCUCGACUGGCCCCUGUCUGAAGGCCGCAGUGGAUGAGAGUCUGGAAUCCUGCAAGCUGCAGCCCCUGUUGAAUUUGGACAGUGACUCCUAUACCCCGGCCUGCACCCCCUUGCUCACCAAAGCUCCGUCACAGGUGUGAUGUGUCCUCAGGGCUGUUGCUAUGGAGGUCUGUUGCCAAUCCCAGUCAGAGGGGCCCUCUCAAUUAAGUCUUUCCCACUGGACUUAAAGGACCACAGAGCAGGAAAAAAUGCACCACUAGAGGGCAGCAUAGAGAAACAGGCUCUAUUUUUCUAAGAAGAAGCCUUAAGAGAAGACUACUGAUGCUAAAAUUACCUGGGAUUUUGUCGCCUAAUUAAUUCUUUGCGCAUAUUAUAGCAUUAAUUGAUAUUGCACUGGAAGCUCAGUAUUCUUAAAUUCCAUGAAGCUUCAAAACCAGGGAGAAAUUCUUCAAAGACUCUGAGAGUAUCUUGUAGCCACUGUUAGAAAGUGCCAGUAAUCUUGCGGCCGACGAUAAUCUGUCCGAUCAGUGACACAGACUAAGACUUCAGCGAAUCGGUAUACCACUGAGCUUUUGCUCUCUCGCUGAUUACAUCUUCUCUUUACUGUCUGUGUAUCUCGAACACAGACGCGUGUGUGUUUACAUAUCCUGUGAAGCAGAUUUUUGACCACAGACCAGUUUUUAUGUCGGAUAAGAAUCAGAUUUUAUCUGUGAACUCAACAUCCUCCACAUUAAGACACGGAUGAUUUUUUUUUCAUCUCAUCUCAAUUUUCAACAUUAUGGAACACUUAUUGCAUUUUUUUGUACAGAAAUGUGUCUCAUAUUACCUCUGGAUUCCAAUAAAAUGGCUAAUUACAUCAUAAAA